GGCAUGUGAACACAACACGAAAAAGAAAAAAGAAAAGCAAAAAAAAAAAAAAAAAAAAAAAAAAAGUAAGCGCGAAGAACGCCGCAUCAAGCCACCAAAUCCAGCAAUAGCAGCCGCAGCGCCGUGACAUGACGAAUCUGACAACGGCCACGGGGCUUGGCGACAGGGCAAUAAUCCCCUCACGCUCUCCCCAUCAUCACACCCCUCCCCCUCAUCUCCACUGCACCGCGCACGCCUCCAGAAUCCCACCCCACCCCACCCCGUAUCGCCUCACGCACGCCUCACGCCUUAACGCACUGGUUGUAUUGUACACGCUACGACAAGGGCCCACGCCCACGCUCGACAACUGCAACGCUAUUGUACAAUAUGAGCCACGCUCGGUAGGGGUGGGCAGAGGCUGGCGUGAUUGUGAUGGUGAGGGAUCGCUGCGCUGCGCGCUUGCUGCAGGGAGAUGCACCCACCACUGUGCUUGCUUGCCGGGGGUGCCGGUGCCGGGGUUGGGGCUGGGGCUGCGGCUGCGACCGGGGUGGGUGUACCUAUACCCUGCUCUACCACUGCAGUCUGGGUUGCUGGGAGUUACCCCACCUAUUGGUGCUGUUGUUGUUGUGCGUGUCUGGACGGUGGGUUGGUACGUGGAGCUGUGUGUGGUUGCGGCGCUUUGGCUGGGCUUGGGGCUGUGGUGUGCUGGUGUUGUGAUAGGUAGUCAAGGUAAGGUAGGUAGGGUAGGUAGGGUAGGUAAGGCAGGGCGCGACGCGAGCGAGCGAAUGCGUGUGCGUGUUCGUGUUCUUACAUACCUAGGUACAUACCUACUCCUAGGGAAGACAGAGAGAGGAUGUGUGUGUGUGUGUGUGUGUGUGUGUGUGUGUCUGUGUCUGUCUACGGAUUACAGGUGACAGGCAGUGAGCGCACGCACGAGGUUCGGGGUCGGGACAAAAGGCAGCGAGCGCGGUGAGCGACUUACAUACAUACAUACAACCACGCUACA